AGUGUUUAUAUUGUGUCUGGUGCGUGUGGAUCAUUUUGACGGCUUUCUAUGGAAAAAAAUAUUGUGGUAAAGUCAUUGUAAAAAAAUGGACGUUUCGAGUGUUUUUAGUAGUGAAACAACAAAUUAUAUUCCCUCCGAAGCUAAAGGAAUAACAGCAUGGGUGCGUUGGCGGCUAAUUGUUAUACAUUUCUCCAUGUUCUCCGUGUCAUGUAUUAUUGGAUUCUUAAGAACUAUUUGUGGAAUUUUCCAUCGACGAUGGAAAGCCAAAGAUUUGUCUGGGAAAGUUGCGCUUGUGACGGGUGGUGCCAAUGGCCUAGGUCGUUAUAUUUGUCUACGAUUGGCAUAUGAGCAGUGCAAGAUUGCGGUGGUGGACAUUAAUCUUCAAGAAGCUGAACAAACAGCCAAUGAUCUCAGGGGAAUGGGAGCAACUGCCAUUGCCUACAAAGUGGAUGCUGCAAAUUUUGAAUCAAUUGCAUCCCUUCGCGAUGAAAUACACAGAGAUUUCGGAAGAGUUGACAUUCUCAUCAACAACGUCGGCCUCAUUGGCCUUCUUACCUUAAUGAGAGCAACGCAAGAGCAAAUAGAACAAAUGGUUGCAGUUAAUGUGACAUCAGUAAUGUUGGCGACAAAACUCUUCCUUAAGGAUAUGGUGCAACAAGGUGAAGGACACAUCGUAGCUAUUUCUUCCUCAUUUGGGCUAACACCCAGUUCCACGACUGUCUACGGAACUACCCUUUUUGCCAUUCGUGGCUUUAUGGCGUGCCUCAACCAAGAAAUCCUCAUCAACAAUUGGGAAGAUAAAAUUAAGACAACAUGUGCCUUUCCCUUCUACAUGGCAACACGAAAAGAACUAACAGACUACACGGAAAAUCUCAAUCUCAAAGGGAAGAUGUUCCUAAUAUCCCCCACGGAUGCUGCUGAUGCAAUUGUCAAAGGGAUUAAGUGGGAACGGAGGAAUGUUGCCAUUCCUAGUGGAUUCUACUUCCUAAUGAUUUUUAUGGGGACAUUCACUUCCAACAUCAUCAGGCGCUUCUACAGAAUGGCAUUUGGUCGUAGUGCAAAUUUUCCCUGAUCCCCAAAGAUUGGUGGUUGGUGAGAUGCAGUGAAGUGCACGUUGCACAAUCCCACAGAAAAAAGGACAUUGUGCAACAAUUACUACACACCAUAUAAUAUUUUAGCAAUGAAUUGGGUGUCCUUGAUGGGUAGAGGGAGACAAUGUGAGGGAACAUAAGGAUAUAAAUUGCAGAGAUUAA